AUGGUUGCAGAGGGCGCGAAACGACAGUAUGUCAGAGAUUUGGAGACGCAGGCGGGACCUCGGAUGCAACAUCUCAUCGACGCGCUGAAGCUCGUGCCGUACGAGUCGAAAGCCACGUCCACGGCGAAGGCCUACAGAGCGGAAAAUGUCAAAAGGAGCGCUUGGAUCGAGACGAUGCAGCUGCCGAAGAACGAGUCGUCGUUCCUGCUCUACCUCGUGGAGCGUGGGAAGAAGAUCGGAAGCAGUGCUAUGUCGAAGAUCUCGGCGGCGUAUCAGGUGGCCAAUGAAGGUUUUUCCAAGAUCGGCGGGACGUUUGUGACGGACAUCAUCAAGAUGAAGAGAAGACUCGAGAUUCCGAUGAAAAAGAAGCCAGUAGAGGUGACUUUGGAGGACAUUGAGAAGAUCACGCAGCGAGCGAUGCAGUCAAACAGACCGGCGAGCGAUCGGGAUGCCUUGCUGGCGAUCCUGUCGUUCCGCGUGAUGCUGCGAGCGUCGGAGGCGGCGGAGAUCAAGUGGGACGGCGUCACGCAAGCAGGAGAUCUGAUUGAGGUAGUUGUGGAGAAGGCGAAGAACGAUCAGAUGGCUCUGGGACGUCGUUCGUUUUUCAACUACGAACCGGGCAGCGAUGCGGACAUUCUGAUGUGCAGAUGGAGACUUCGCUGCAAGGAGAGGGCAUGCGAGUACGUGUUCUCCAAUCUGGAAGGAUCCAAAAGGCUGACGAAGCAGUCGAUCUCGGCCCUGGCUUCGAAGAUGCUCAAGGCGAUCGGGAAGUCGGGAGCGACGCACCACGGAUUCAGGAGAGCCGGAGCGAACUACUUGCGAGCGCAGGGACAUUCGAUGGACGAGAUCAGGUGCCGAGGACGUUGGAGAUCGAUGGAGGGGCUGCAGCGGUACUUGAAGGAUGUUCCGGAGGCGCAGGGAUGCAGGCGAGCGGUCAAAGGAGUCGGAGGAGACGCAGACGAGUCCGAGUCGGACGAAGAAUGA